CGCUGAUGUCUUCCGACGAAGAAGCCGCCGGCAGAGGCAGGGGGAGAGGCCGGCGAGGUCGUGGCAGCCGUUUGCGCGUUCCUAGGCUUAUGGAUCCUUAUUCGAUGAGAUUACCGCCGGCGACAAUUGAUCCAAGUCCGGUCGAUGCGACACUUCUUUGGGGACAUAGCCAACAUCGUAUUGACUCUGUUUGGACAAACGAG